UUGUCGUUGAAAUUCAUCACCUGAGAAAGAGGAGCUUCUCACUUCUCAGCAAUGGAAGCAAAAACCUUGGAGAUGUUCCAAGUUGGGCCUUGCAAAGAUGCUCACAAGAUAGGCUUUCAGAUAGGCCAGAGAUUCUCAAACCUGAUAAGAAGCAGGUUGGCCAACGACCUUAUUCUGCAAAACCAGCUUCGCCCUUUUGCCCAAUCCAAACAAUCUCAGCCGUUGAUUCAAUCUCUCACUUCCAACAACAGAAACAGGUUUCCAAGAUAUUGGGAUGAGCUAGUGGGGAUGGCACAAGGAAGUGGCGUGCCUCUUCUUGAUAUAAUACUUAUUAACUUCAGGAAAGAGAUUCUUCCAUUUCUUCCAAAGACAGAAUUGAGUAGUUCUUUGACUGUAAAUACUUCAGAUGAUUGUUCUGAUGUUCUAGUCGUUAGUGAUUCCAUGGCCGUUGCUGCUCACAAUGAGGAUGCAAAUGUUGCUCUCGUUGGACACAC